CAUCAAUCGAUUGCCUCCCAUACGUGCCCUCACUGGGGAUCAAGCCUGCCACCUAGGUUUUGUGGCAAUCAAGAAGCACGUGGAAGGGGCCUCUUUCAUCAAGGGUUCUUGAUUAGGUUAUGAAAAUGGAAUUGAAGUUUCUUUUCCCUCUUUCUAUGAGUUGUAUAAAUGGACACUGACAUGGACUACGAAAGACCCAACGUUGAAACCAUCAAGUGUGUGGUCGUGGGAGACAACGCCGUGGGGAAGACGCGCUUGAUCUGUGCCAGGGCAUGUAACACAACACUAACACAGUAUCAGCUGCUGGCCACCCAUGUACCAACUGUGUGGGCAAUUGACCAGUACCGGGUCUGCCAGGAGGUCUUGGAACGUUCCCGAGAUGUGGUUGAUGAAGUGAGUGUUUCUCUCAGGCUUUGGGAUACUUUUGGCGAUCAUCACAAAGACAGGCGUUUUGCAUAUGGCAGGUCCGAUGUUGUGGUCCUCUGUUUUUCGAUCGCUAAUCCCAAUUCCCUAAAUCAUGUGAAAACCAUGUGGUAUCAAGAAAUCAAGCACUUUUGCCCCCGCACACCUGUUGUCCUAGUUGGCUGCCAGCUAGAUCUCCGCUACGCUGAUCUUGAAGCUGUUAAUCGAGCCCGACGCCCUUUAGCAAGGCCCAUAAAGAGAGCAGAUAUUCUGCCCCCUGAAAAAGGCCGAGAGGUUGCAAAGGAACUUGGCAUACCAUACUAUGAAACGAGCGUUUUUGACCAGUUUGGAAUCAAGGAUGUGUUUGACAAUGCAAUCCGAGCGGCACUGAUUUCCCGCCGGCACCUGCAGUUCUGGAAAUCCCACUUAAAGAAGGUUCAGAAACCUUUACUUCAGGCACCAUUCCUACCUCCAAAAGCCCCUCCACCGGUCAUCAAAGUUCCAGAAUGUCCCUCCACAGGGACGAACGAAGCGGCCUGUUUACUGGACAAUCCUCUGUGUGCCGACGUCCUGUUCAUCCUUCAGGACCAGGAGCACAUCUUUGCACACCGAAUUUACCUCGCUACCUCCUCUUCCAAAUUUUAUGACCUUUUUUUAAUGGAAUAUGAAGAAACCCCAGACUGGAAUGAAGUUGCUUGUGAGAAGGAGAAGCAGAGCAGUGAUUUUCAGGAGUGGGCAUCGAGUGUUGACCCAGAUGAAGAAAAGGAGGAGGGCCCCCCAAGGACACCUCAGGCUGACCAGUGGGAGUCCUCCAGCCAGAACCUAUUCCAACAGGAGCCUGUGAAGCUGGAAGCCGAGGCCUUGAACCUGGAGACACAGACUUUGGCAGGCUGGAGUAAGGGGUUUAUUAGCAUGCACAAGGAAAUGCAAGUCAAUCCCAUUUCAAAGCGAGUGGGCCCCGUGACUGUGGUCAGGAUGGACUCAUCGGUCCAGCCAGGCCCUUUCCGGACCCUGCUCCAGUUUCUUUACACAGGGCAACUGGAUGAAAAAGAAAAGGAUUUGUUGGGCCUGGCUCAGAUUGCAGAGAUCUUGGAGAUGUUUGAUUUGAGGAUGAUGGUGGAAAACAUCAUGAACAACGAAGCCUUCAUGAACCAGGAGAUUACGAAAGCAUUUCACGUCAGGAAGGCCAACCGGAUAAAAGAGUGUCUCAGCAAGGGGACGUUCUCAGAUGUGACAUUUAAGUUGGAUGAUGGAGCCAUCAAUGCCCACAAACCGCUGCUGAUCUGUAGCUGCCAGUGGAUGGCUGCCAUGUUCGGGGGGUCGUUUGUGGAAAGCGCCAACAGUGAGGUGUAUCUCCCAAACAUAAACAAGAUGUCAAUGCAAGCGGUAUUGGAUUAUCUCUAUACCAAGCAGUUGUCACCUACCUUGGACCUGGACCCACUGGAAUUAAUUGCCUUGGCAAACAGAUUCUGCCUGCCACACUUGGUUGCACUUGCAGAGCAGCACGCAGUUCAGGAGCUGACCAAGGCCGCCAUGAGUGGUGUGGGCAUUGACGGGGAGGUGCUCUCUUAUUUGGAGUUGGCCCAGUUUCACAAUGCCCACCAGUUGGCCGCUUGGUGCCUACACCACAUCUGCACCAACUACAACAGUGUCUGUUCCAAGUUCCGCAAGGAAAUCAAAUCGAAAUCUGCAGACAACCAGGAAUACUUUGAGCGCCACCGCUGGCCCCCUGUGUGGUACCUGAAGGAAGAAGACCACUACCAGCGUGUGAAAAGGGAACGAGAGAAGGAAGAUAUUGCACUAAACAAACAUCACUCGAGACGAAAGUGGUGCUUCUGGAAUUCAUCUCCAGCAGUUGCAUGAGGAGGAAGAGGAAAAAAAGUCAGUAAUCCGACACACCAUGUUUAAAAGCACUACUGUAAAAUUAGUCUUAUUAUUAGUGAUAAGAUGUAGUUCAGGUUUCAGGCAUUGAUCCUCCUCCACUUUUGUGCAUUUAUCUUGGUUGGGAUCAAAGCACAAGCUCACCAUCAAUGAGCCCGGACAAAAAGGGAAGUUGACAACGCUCACUGCAUUCCUUAAACUUACAUGUAUAUUUUUUUGUUAGAAGGCUUAAUAAACCUCGGUCCGUUGUUUUGUUUCUUUUUAUACAAAGGAAAAAAAAAACCCAGCUUUCAUGUUUCAAAUUCCAAAUUGGAAAAUAUUUUUAUAUGGUCUCUUGUAUUUUGUUGAAAUGAAAAUACUGUGUAUUACUUUAUUUUACAGGCCACAAAUUAACCAUGAAGUCACCCUGUGAUUCUCUGUGCCCACAAGAUCACAGAGCAUUAUUACAUAAUUAGAGGGUUAUCCUUUUGUUGUGAAGUAAAGGGUUGGAAUGAAAUUCCCCAAAGUGCAAGUUAGAGAGUGUUUAAUCUUUGUUCUGCCAAAUAAUACUGGUAUAAUUACCAAGUCAACUCCAAGAAUGUGUAUUUACAAUAUUUGCCGUGUUAAGUGCUAGUAAUUGUAUGGUUAUGUGUGCCAUGUAAAAUAUAGUGAUAUCAAACCCUCUGUUGUUUAAAAUGUCUAGAUUCAAGACGAUAAUCUUUAUAAGCAUUAGAAGGGCUUAUUAAAUCCCAGCACUAUUCAGGGCAAACUCACUGGUGGACCUGAAUACAAAAGCUACCAUAAGAGCGUUGGUGUUUGGAUUGCUGUGUUAGGGUGUAUGUCUCUCAGCGUUCCUUGAUCUUGCCAUGCUUCUGCAUGCAGAUUCUCUACUGACUUGAAUCUAGUUGGGUAAGGGCAAGGGUCCCCGAACUCUGUCCCACUGUCUGCAAGCUUGUCACAUCUCACCACCAGAAACAAGCUUCCUCAGGUCUCUCACCUGCGGCCAACUUCAUUUGUAAGACAUUUUUUUAACUCUUCCCAGGGAAAAUCCAUGUUGCUGCAGAAAUAGGCUAAGGCAGACCACCCACCCCUGCUGAAAUUCAGCGGGGCCUGUGAAGGCACAAAGCUGGAGGCUGGGUGGUCUGGGGUCCCUGCAUUCUCCAAUGCAGACAGGAAUCUUAUUCCAAGAGUCUAGGAAAUGGUGCUAUUGUGAGUUCAUUCUGACCCUUUGUCAUUCUGAGUUUUCAGUGUUAAAAUACAAAGUACUGAGCAAGGGAGCUUUUGAGAGGCAGUCAGUCAUUGCUGCUCUGUAAAUUAAAACUUUACAGCACUCAUACAGAGCCUUUUAAGGUUCCAUACCUACCAUGGGAUGCUGGGAAGCUUGGGCUUAUUUUGUUAGGACGUCAACUUAUUGAUGCUAAAGGCUGUGGACUUCCCCCCUCGCUUUCAGAACUUGGAAAAGAGACCGUUGAGUCUGAACCCCAAGGUUGACAGUCAUAUGCAUUUGAAACCUAUCCAGAUUAUAGAUGGGCUUUUAUUACCAACAAUGGAAACAUACCAGAUACAAGAAUUUGGAGAGGCCCAGAAAUGCAUCACCCUUUCAUUACAAGGGAGAGGAGAAGUAGAGUAUGGAUGGAUGGUUGUAAAUGCAUUUGCUUUAAUUUUUCAUCAAUAGAGUUGCAAAUCAUUAAUGGAAGGAGAAAGGAGACAGAAUGAGAGGAUAAAUGUCAAGACUCAGGAAGAAUCGGCAUAUAUCCUGUCAUUAAACGAUAGAGGCUGAUUUUCAGUGUGUAGUCAGAGUUGAAUUCACACAACCAAAGCUCCCAUUUGAUUGUAAUCUUGCCAAAAAUGUAGUGGACAUAUAAAUGAACCUGGGGUAUAAGCAAUAAUAUCCACUAGUGUUUGUUAUCAGCUACUUUAACCAAGUGGCUGGUUCAUUUGGUUGAUACUGACUAUGGCCUUUAACCAUGGUGGUUUUGUGUUUUUUA